AUGGCACCACAAGUCGAGAUCUCGAUACCCAACACUACCAUCUCGGGCACCUCGAAACCGUACACCACCUACAACAUCACCCUCCGCCUUCCCCUGAGAUCAUUCACCGUCCAGAAACGCUACUCCGAUUUCCUGUCCCUCCACUCCGGCUUGACCGACCAAGUCGGUUCGCCGCCACCCGUCUCAUUGCCUGCGAAGUCGUGGUUCUCAAAAACGGUCUCGAAUCCCCAGCUUACCGAAGAGCGACGCCAAGCGCUCGAAACGUAUCUCAAGACGAUCAACGAGAUAGACGACUCAAGAUGGCGCACAACAAGUGUCUGGAGAUCCUUUCUCAACCUGCCUAGCACUCUCGCGAGUCAAACGUCGAGUAAGGCUUCCACGCUACAUUCAGUAAUCACAGGCCCCGGAGGAGGCGGGGCACCGAUCACAGAUCCGGUGCUGUGGUUGGAUUGCUACAGAGAUUUGAAGGCACAGUUACAAGAUGCACGGCUGAGUCUCACGCACCGGGACCAGGCGUCAACACCACAGAAACAGCACGAAGCUGGCACCGCGGCCAAGAGCAGCCUAGUCAAGGCUGGCACGAUGAUCAAAGCCCUGGAGGAGGGACUGGCGAACAUACAAAAGGCGUCCGAAGGAUGGGGAGGGCAGAAACUCGGCGAAGGUGAAAUCAGAAGGAGAAGAGACCUGAUUGCCACGGCACAGAAGGACAAGGACGGUCUCGAGAAUCUGCUCAACGCCAUGGUCACCAAGUCGAACCUGGAUCAGACCGUUGCGUCGGUCCAGGAUACGCAUCGUCUUAUGGGGGCGAAGCCUAGAUCUGGCGGGAGAGUGCUCGGCAAGGAGACGGCAGAGACGAGGGAAUUGGAUAAUCAGGGUGUGUUGCAGCUGCAGAAGCAGAAAAUGGCCGAGCAGGAUUUGGACGUCGAAGAGCUUCGAAAGAUUGUGCAAAGACAAAAGGAACUGGGAAUUGCCAUCAACCAGGAGCUCGAGGUGCAGAACGAGAUGCUGAAAAUGGUUGACGAGGAUGUUGAUCGAGUGCAAAGCAAGAUGAACAUCGCUAAGCGCAGAAUCGGGAAGAUAUCAUAG